GAGGCUGGUCACAUGACCCUCAGCAGCAGUCAUAUGACCUACACGCGGAGCUGCGGUACAGGACAGAGGAGGAAGUCGAAUCUCUGAGUUGGAAACCGUCUUCUCUCGUGAACCAACUCGGACUGAUUCAUCCGUCGUCCUCCUGUGCUCGAUCCUCUGAUGUUGUCCUGCGGGCUGCUGAUGUGUGUGCUCGCCGUGUUGCAGCUCGGCUCCUGGGCUCAGUACUCCCCGGACGAGGUGACGCAUCUGCCGGGUAUGAUGUUCAAGCCCAACUACCAGCAGUGGUCCGGGUACCUGCGAGUAGGACCGGGGAGGUUUUUCCAUUACUGGUUCGUGACCUCUCAGAGGGACCCGCUCAACGACCCUCUGGUGCUCUGGCUGAAUGGAGGCCCAGGCUGCAGCUCGCUGGAUGGACUCCUGUCAGAGAAUGGACCGUUCCAUGUGAACGAUAACGGGGCCACACUGUACGAGAACAAAUUCAGCUGGAACAAGAUCGCCAACGUGCUGUACCUGGAAUCUCCAGCAGGGGUGGGAUACUCCUACUCUGAUGACCAGAUAUACAAAACCAAUGACACCCAGGUUGCUAAGGACAACUAUGUAGCGCUGCAGGGUUUCUUUACCAAGUUCCCAAAUUUCACUAAAAAUGACUUCUUCAUCUUUGGAGAAAGUUACGGUGGAGUCUACGCCCCAACCCUCAGCCUGCUGGUGGCUACUGGACCUGCCAGGAUCAACCUCAAGGGCUUCGCAGUGGGAAACGGAAUCAGCAGCUUUGCUCUCAAUGACCAGAGUUUGAUCUACUUUGGUUACUACCACGGCCUCUUUGGAGAAGAUUUGUGGCGGGAUCUGAACAAAAACUGCUGUGAGAAGGGAACCUGUAACUUUCACAACUCUACGUUGGAAUCCUGCCAGGAGCUGGUGAUGGAGGCCUUCGAUAUUGUGUAUAGCAGUGGACUGAAUGAGUACGCCCUCUACUUGGACUGCGAGGGUCCCAAUAGAUUCCACAGAGGCUAUGAGAAGACCAUGAGUCAUCUGUUUAAGACCUACAGGAAACCUCCGCAGAGCCGCAAGUUUUCAUACAGAGCGACUUCCUCCGUGUCCCUGGGUGAAGUUCCUCCCUGCAUAAAUAGCACAGCACAGAUGAACUGGCUGAACAGGGGCGACGUGAAGAAGGCUCUACACAUUCCUGAUACAUUGCCACCAUGGGACAUCUGCAGUGAUGAAGUUGGAGAGAAUUACACCAACCAGUACACAACAAUGAAGGAUGUGUAUCUGAAGCUGCUGUCUCUGGGCCUGCGGGCGCUCGUCUACAACGGAGACACUGACAUGGCCUGUAACUUCCUGGGAGACCAGUGGUUUGUGGAGGAUCUCGGCAUAAAGGCCACCACAAAGUACCAGCACUGGAUUCAUGAGGAGCAGAUUGCAGGAUUCUACCAACAGUUUGGAAACGUAACCUUCCUCACAAUCAAGGGUGCCGGCCACAUGGUUCCUCAGUGGGCUCCAGGUCCAGCUUUUCACAUGUUCCAGUCCUUCCUAACCAAUGGCUCCUACUGAGACUGUACAUGUACACCUGUAGCCUGCUUCAGAUAAACUGAACCCUGAGAUGAGCAGUGAGUUCUCUGUUGUUCCAGAAUAACUGAUCGGAGUUAGUUCCAUCAUAAUUUUUUCUCUGGUUAAUGUGAGGUGAAUGGGGAUUAAAAAAAAAAAAAAAAUCAGUGGAGCUCUGACAUUGUGAUUUCAAUGAGGUUAAAUGGGGGGGGGGGAAUAAAAGUAAGUCUAAUGUGUGGCAAUGUACAUUUUGCCUUUUAAACACACAGCAGCCUGUGGCGUAGAAAAGUCAGUUAACACGGUUAUAUUGUAUUUGGCCUAGUCCACGUAAUAAAACUACAAUAUUCUGCAGAUUGUAAUUUCCUUAAUGGUUUAUAAAUUGUAGGAUUAAACAUUUGAAACUAUUUAUUCACAUGUAACAUGAUGGCAGCACAAGAUUAAAAUGUAGAUCAAACAGUUGUAUAGAUCUGACUGUAACCUCGGGCUGACUGACCCAUGAUUACAGUGAUUUACAUUCAAACCGCCUGUGAAUAUUCAGAUAUUUAUUUUGCAUUUAAAUAUCUUGCACAACUGGGUAACACACUGUCCAGAAGGGAUUUAAGUCUUUUCUUCAAAUGAAUGCGCUCUGAUAUCAGCUGUUUACUGAAGGAAUGGCGCACAUUAUCAAACUGCUCCUCUAAGCCCAGCAGGGGGGGGGCCACAGAGAGAAACAGUUGAAUAAAGGUCUAGAGAAAGUUGCUGCUGUAACUGACUCAGUCUAAAUGAUCAGUUUCUGAAACAAGUCUCAUCUCGGGGUUUAAGAUGAUUUCAACUAAACCCGUUUUGCACUAAUCACAUUUUACUUGGUUGAUCUCAGGGAAAAUGAUGACACGUAUCACUUUCAUUUUUCAUGCAGUUUAUUAAGGUUUUGAACACCUUACCAUUUGUGCGGUUGAUUCCUCUGUGCAUCACUUUGGAUUGAGAUGAUUUAAUUGGAGCUUUGGGGAUAUUCACGUCUGCAGAAUGGCUACAGUGUUAAUAUUUUCAACAAAUGUAGCUGAUGUGAUUAAAGGAGCUAAAUGGAAAUGAACCAGUCCGGGUAAAAGCUGUAACUUUUCAUUUGUCUUUUUAUUAAAUGUUUUUGAACACA